CACUGUGUACAAGGAAGGUUAAACCGUUUGGUAUCCUUUCGACAAUUGUGUAAAAAAAAACCUUUGCCACAAAUUCGCAGGGGUUGGAAGUUAAGCUGGCACCCAGUCCUGAUCAGCUCCAAUCAUUCUGGCGGCUCGCUUCGCCGGGGAUCAGUAGCACGAUAUACAGAGCGUUUGUCAGACUGCCGGGACUGACAGAGACAGGGGAAUCUCUGUCCGCCGCCUGACACAAAAGAUUCCCAGGCUACUGACUGGGAGCUUCACCUUCUGAGGCUGACCGGCCACUCUCCGAAAGCCAUCCUACAGUAAAGCAGUGACUUUGAACAGAUCGGGUUGGGACAGAAAGCCUGGCCGGUUUCAGAACUGGGUAGAUAAAGACUCGACACCAGCACCAAGUAAGGAAGCGCUUGCUCUGACAUAGUGACAGAGACCGCAGCGGGAUGAUCGCUGACCGGCCAGGGUUGAAACCAAGACAAGGAUGAAUCUUACACUGUUCACAACCCAGUGCAGCAACCCCCGGCAGAAUGGUUCCCUGUAGAGGGCAGUGCUACAUUUCAAGCAGGUGGAUGCUUCCUAAAGCUCGUAUUUGCUUCUUCCCUGCAGCUUUAUUUAUUUUGGUCUCUGUACUCCAAGUUCCUUCAGCCACAAGCACCAGCCUCAAAGGUCAAAAGGCAGUUUUCCAUCCUAGGAGAGCCAAUGAAUAUGGGACCUUGUCACCAGGAACCAAGAUCCCUCCUCUUAAAGCAUUUACUCUAUGUGUGGACAUCAGGCUUAGAAAGAAUAGUGAAAAUGGAGUGGCAGUAUUUACCUACAAUACAGACACUUGGCCUAAGCCUUCCUCAUCCAUGCAUGAACUUAGCAUCAUGGUGAGAAAAAAAGAUCUAUUAAUCUCGAUGUUUGGUCGGAAGAUUGACGUGAAGGUAACCCUUCCCUUAUAUAGAUGGCAUUCUUUAUGUUUAACAUGGAAUGAUCAAAGUGAAAGAGCUCACAUCUAUGUGAACAAAAUAUUGGUGCACAGCAAAAAACUGGGUAAAAAAAUGCUUGGCCAAAAUGGGAGCCUAGUACUAGGGCGAAAGCACAAGCGAAUAGCAGAUCGGCUGCAGGUGGACCUUGAGAUGGCGUUUGUUGGAGACCUGUACCUGUUCAGAUUAUGGGACUUUGAAAAAGAUCGGCAGUCAAUAUCUGGACUGAACUGUGAAGAUGGGACCAUCAUCACCUGGGACAGUGAACAGUGGGAUUUCAUGGGAACAAUCUUGGAACGUGACACCACAUUAAUCUGCUGCGAACAAUUUGUCAAAUUGCGUUUCAAACAUUCAGAAUAUGAACACUACGGUGCAAGGAUCUCACGGAGAUUGCUUGCUGAUGACUCCACUGAUUCCUUCAACACAACAGUUUCUUCCAACACCAGCACUGUUGCACCCACAACAUCGGCCACAACAGCUGAUGACUCCACUCAUUCUUUCAACACAACAGUUUCUUCCAACACCAGCACUUUUGUACCCACAACAUCGGCCACAACAGAGAGCAGCACUCUUAACAUGAUGUCAUCGCCAAAAAGUACAACAGGGUUCACCACUCGCAAUGAUAAUGGUUCAGUGCGCACCUUAGAGACCAGCACUCUGAAUGUGACAUCAGCUCCAUCGACCACAACAGAGAACAGCACUCUGAUUAUGACAUUAACUUCACUGAACACAACAGAGACCAGCACCCUGAAUGUGACAUCGUCCCCACCAAACACAACAGAGACCAGCACCCUGAAUGUGACAUCGUCUCCACCAAACACAACAGAUAACAACACACUGACUGUGAUGUCAUCUACACAGAAUACCACAGGGAACAGCACGCUGACUAUGACAUUAAUUCUGCAUAACGCCACAGGGAAAAGCACUGCUAGUGUGACAACAUUUCCAUGGAGAACGAGAGGAAAGAACAAGCCUAAAGGAACAAAGUUUCCAAAGAAAACUAUAGGGAGCAGCACACCCACUGUGACAACAGGACCACAGAAGAUCACAGUGAACAGUCCUACUGGUAUGACAUCUGUUCAAAUGAAUACCACAGUGAACAGUCCUACUGGUAUGACAUCUGUUCAAAUGAAUACCACAGGAAAGUACAAGCCGAAAGUAACAAAGUUUCCAAAGAAGACUAUAGGGAGCAGCACACCCACUGUGACAACAGGACCACAGAAGAUCACAGUGAACAGUCCUACUGGUAUGACAUCCAUUCAAAUGAAUACCACAGAGAGUCCACAAGAGACCACAAACAGCUUGAACAUCACAGAUUUGAAUGAAUCUGUUGUGGCUGCUAUUGUGUCCCAGUUGGAUGAGUUUUUGCAAAUGGAAGCUAUAGAUGCAGGCCUUGCAACCAGACUCAUUGGCACAAUAAGCACCCUCCUCAAUGCCUCCCCUGAUGUUGUUGCUUCAUUUUCCACCAGACUAAUACAAAGCGUUGACAUGAUUGGCCUGAAGCUGAAUUUCACAGAAGAAUCAAUAAACAUCACCUCAUCCUCUUUGGCUCUGGCGGUGUCCAAGAUCAACGCCAUAGGCUUCAGUGGGGCAGAAUUCAGCAUCAGUGACAUCACCAACCUGCAGGUUUCUCUGGGUGAAGGAGACCCUCAAGAAAGUUUUGCAGCUAUUAGACUUCCAUCUUCUCUGCUCAACAACCUGACAUCAGAGGAUCAGGAGAGAGCUUCAAGAGUUCAAUUCACCUUCUAUGAAAAAACAACACUUUUCCAGGAUCCUGGCAUGGAGAACACAUCUGACUUGAUCAGUUACAUCAUCGCAUCCAGUGUUGCAAAUCUUAGCAUCACUAACUUGAUGGAUCCAGUCCAAAUCACAUUCAAGAAUCUUGAGACCAUUGAGAGUAAUUUUGAUGUACAGUGUGUGUUCUGGGACUUCAGUAGAAACAAUGGUACUGGUGGAUGGAAUUCAGAUGGUUGUAGAACAGUACUGAAAGCUUCUAAUGAGACAGUUUGUGAAUGUGACCAUCUCACACACUUCGGCAUCCUACUGGUUAUCUCCAGAGACUUUAACAUCGAUGAAAAGAACAACCAGAUCCUUACGUUCAUUACCUAUAUAGGCUGCGGACUUUCCUCGAUUCUGUUAGCUGUAACCCUGGUGACCUAUCUUGCCUUUGAAAAACUCCGCAGGGAUUAUCCCUCAAAAAUCUUAAUAAACCUGUGUGCCGCUCUAUUGUUCCUCAAUAUGACGUUCCUCAUUGAUUCCUGGAUUUCGGGCUACAGAAUCGAGGGUCUAUGUAUUGCAGUGGCCGUGUUCCUCCAUUAUUUCUUGUUGGUUUCCUUCACAUGGAUGAGCCUUGAAGCUUUCCACAUGUACCUGGCUCUUGUUAAAGUAUUUAACACGUAUGUACACAGGUACAUGUUGAAAUUCAGCAUCAUCGGUUGGGGUACUCCCAUUAUAGUGAUUGCCAUCAUCCUCAUCAUAAGCCCAGACAACUAUGGACUUGGGCACUAUGACAAGAACACCAAUUCCACCUCCGAUAUAUUCUGUUGGAUCAAUGAUGACACCGUGUUCUAUGUUGCUGCGGUGGCCUACUUCUGUGUAAUGUUCCUCCUGAAUGUCAGUAUGUUCAUUGUGGUGAUGAUUCAAUUCUGCCGAAUCAAAAACCAGAAGCAACAUCAAAAUGCGGAGAGGAACAUAUUACAAGACAUGAAAAGUGUCACCGGCCUCACCUUCUUGCUGGGAAUCACCUGGGGAUUUGCCUUCUUUGCAUGGGCCCCAGUUAACAUUCCAUUUAUGUAUCUCUUUGCCAUCUUCAAUACUUUGCAAGGAGCUUUUAUCUUCAUUUUUCACUGCCUGGCCAAAGAAAAUGUUCAGAAACAGUGGAGGAGGUAUCUGUGCUGUGGCAAGCUGAGGUUGGCUGAGAAUUCAGAUUGGAGCAGAACGGCGACGAAUAACACAAAGAAGCAGCAGCCCCUAGUCCAAGUCAUGUCCUUGUCCUCAACGUCCAAUAACUCCUUACAGUCUAACUCCUCCUUAUUUCUGGUCCAAGAGUACUCCAGCCACCCCAAUGUGAACGGUGCUAAGGUUUAAAGCCGUCACCUCACAGUACUUCAAGCAUGAAUUUUUGCUGCUGAGACUGAGAAGAUGUGGCCUGCACAAUAUGCCAAGGAAUUUCUAGUCAAUUGUGGUUCUUGAAGUGAGGCUUGGACUGCAAAAUAGACCCCACACAAGGCAACGUUCAAGCACCCAUCUCUGAAUGUGGAAAGAGAUUUUUAAAUAGCUUUGUAGAUGACAUGCCAGUAUUUAUCCAACAUCACAGAGACUUACCAAAUGGAUCUUCCUGAAUAUAACUUGGAACCAUAAAAUGCAAUCUUAAUUCCGGAAAGAAGUUUGAACUUAAGACUUGAUCGUGUUUGGUUGCAGUAUCUUCAGAUUUUUAUGGCUAUGAAGGUUUUAUGGACAAUACCUGUGAACUAUUUAUAAAAUGUAGAAUGUUGCAGUUUGUAUCAGUUGUAAUGAAAAUUUAUGCACAAGGCAAAAGUUUGUGGCUGUUAAUUUUAAUGAUAACAGGUGAUUAGUUAGUGUUUAUGUGGUAACGUCACUGAAACCUGAUGUUUUAUGCAGUCACUGUUUUCCAUCCUGGCCGCUGCUGAAAUUUGAUACAAUUGCUGACAAACUGCACAGAGUUUUAAAUGUGUAUUUAAAGUUGAAACUGCAAUGGAAAGUUCAUGGUGUGAUCAAAUAUUUAUUUUUUAUAACUUCAAGUUAGAGUCGAUCAGAACCAAAUGAUUGUUCCUGACAAUGUCAUUUGUUUGCAGUUGUCUAGAGCAAAAUCAGUCAGGAGGCCUCUGUGAGGUCCAUAAGGAUUCCUUUAUAGUAAUGUUGCCUAGUCACGGGUUCCUUCAACACAAUCUUAGUCCAGUAAUGGGGAUAAAAGUUGCAAAGCCAAUUGUAAUGCCUCUUUCCCAAAGUCUUUCACAAAUUUCCAUGUGCUGGAUUAUUUGGAAUGUUUGGGGUUGUGUAUCCUGUCCCCACCAUGCCAAAGUAUGUCACCCAUACUGAAACUUUCAAUUAAUCAGGCUGAACUUUAGAUUUCCACAUUAUCAUAGUUCUGGUCCAUAAGGUAUGUUUCUUUCAAUAUCAUUGUUCUCAUUCCAUCCACUCCUCAAGUUGCACAUGCAUGAUUGCUGAAAUGCAUUAGUGUUUUGAGUUUAUUUAACUUCUCAGAGAUUUCAGGGUUUGCUUAGAUUAUUAUCUAUGUGUGUAACAACAUAUCAGGCAUAUUUACAAGUGUAGCGGUGACUGAACUAAAUAGAGCAAAACCCAAUGUGCACUGCACAUUAAGAGACUUUAUAAACACUUCAGCUAGAUAUUUUGUGAAGAAUAAAAGAACUGAAAGAAAGUCCGUCCUUGCAAGUGGAGAGAAUCUGGACCUUGACGAGCAGGGACUGACGCAAGUUCAUUCUCAGUUGCUUGUAUUACAGGCACAAUGUUGCCCUGACUGUGUAUUGUAUCGCAUAUCCAAAGUUCAAUUAAACCAAAUUUCAGAAGUGGAGUACAUUGCAGAACUACACUAUUAUGCAUUUAGCACUCAAGGUCAUACUUCUAACACAAAGUGUUAGAUUGAUCCUAAUCCUCCUCAUUCACUGGUUUACUGGCAUUGCAUGCCACAUUCUUAUCUACUGAGGCACCAGAAAACACCUUUAAUGAUUAUCGUUCCUCAUUCCAGUAUUAUGGAACUGUAGUGACUCACCGUCCGAACAAGCGAACUGGCUCGGCGGUCGGGUCUUGCGUCAUCGGAGC